GCCCCUUCAAUAUCUAGAUAUAGAGAGAGAAGUGAACAUAACCUGCGUUUUUAGAGAGAGAAAGUUCAGAGAGAGAUAGCAUUGUUGGUGAAUAAUUCACAUAUCAAGUUAGGGUUUUAGCUGCUAUCAAUUACAAAUUUACAAACUUUAGGGUUUCUUAUCUUCUACAUAUACACAAAAAUAUAAUUUUAUUUAUGUUUAUUUAAUUAUCGUUGGUUGAUUAUACGUGCAUAUACUUUGGGAGUGUUUAUCGGAUAUAUAAAGGUGUGAUUGAUGGAUGAGAUCUGGGAGAGAGCGGUUGAAACGGCGCUGGAUGGGCAAAACGACGUCGCGUCGGUACGAACCCUAACCCUAGAUGGCGCGGUCAAGUGUGUGCAGGGGCGCUUACCCCCACCGCCGCUGUUUGAGAAGUUUGUGAACCUGAAUCAUCUUUCGAUAGCGAAUAUAGGGGUUUCGUCGUUGGAGCAGUUUCCGCGGUUGAGGAAUCUGCAGAAGUUGAUUUUAUCGGAUAAUCGGAUAGCUGGAGGUUUGGAAUUUUUGGUUGAGGCUGGAUUGGAGUCGUUGAGGGACCUGGAUUUGUCGAAUAAUAGGAUUCAGGAUAUUGAUGAUCUUAGGCCUCUUGCAGAGCUGAAGCUUGCGUCGCUUGAUCUUUAUGAGUGUCCGGUUACCAGAGUGAAGGAUUAUCGAUCUAGGGUUUUUGGAUUGGUCAAGUCGUUGAGGUAUUUGGAUAAGAUGGAUGCGGAUGGGAAUGAGAGGCCAGAGUCUGAUGACGAUGAGGAGGAGUCUGGUGAUGAGGAGGGGGAGGAGGAUGAGGGGGAAGAUGAAGAGGAGAAUGAGGAUGAGGAUGAUCCUGGGAGCGGGGAAAUUGACGGGGAGGAUAGGUCAAAUAGGAUGAGUAAUGGACAUAGUGUUGAGAAUGAUGGCGUUGUGGAUGUCGAUGAGGAUGAGGAGAGUGAUGCUGAUGAGGAAGAGACAGAGACUGUUAGGAGUGGGAAUGGGUUGAACGGACACUCGAAUGGGUUUCGUGUUGAGCCUGUUGGUGGAGAGGAGGAUGAGAACGAGGAGGAUGGAGAGGAGGAAGAGGAGAUUGAUGAGGAGGAAGACGAUGAUGAUGAUGAGGAUGUGAUUGAGGUGCAUGAGAUUCUGGAUAGUGAUGAAGAGGAUGACGGUGUGGAAGAUGAGGAUGAAGACGAGGAGGAAGUGGACAAUGAUGAAGGGGACUUUGCAGAACCUGAGAGCACCGGAAGGAUUACAAGUACUGAAGGCGAGAUUGAUGCUCAUGAACAGGGGGAGGACGAUGGAGAUGAUGAGGAUGACAAUGGAGAGACCGAGGAAGAAGAGAUGGGGGUCGAAGAAGGUAAUUAUGAAGAAGAGGAAGCUGAGGAUGAGUGGCAGGAAGAUGACGACAAUGGAUACUUGCUGCAACCAGUGGUUCAGCAGGUGGAAGUAGAUGCUAAUGAGGGUAGUGAUAUGGAUGCAAAUGAAGAUGAAGAGGAUGCUGAAUUGGAGGAAGAAGUUGAAGAUGAAGAAGAGGAGGAUGAUGAUGUUGGAGUACAGGCAUCAACUUCUUUGCACAAGAGGAAAAGAGAUGAAGGUGAGAGUGAUGGUGACAGUGAUAGUAACGAGGAAGAUGAUGAUGAGGAUCGUGCGUCUAAGUUGAGCAAGUCAUCGAAGCCUCAUUCGUAGGUAUAGUGAUAGUAGAUGUUUGGGGUGGUUGAUGCAAAGGAUGAUGGAAGCUGGAAGAAAGAGAGUUGUGCUUCCACCACCUCUAUAUUAGUUAAAUUUAAUCUUGCACUGGACAAGUGAAAAUGGAGGGAAAACCUGUUAUGGAAAAUGGAUGAUGAUGAUGUUUGAAAAGUGGUUAGAACAGAGAGAAUUCCCGCUGGGUAAUGGCUGCCUUACUACUACUUCUACUUGGGUUUAGGGUAGCCGUUGCUUUGUUAUUUGAAUGAUGAUACUUUGUGAGUCGUAGUAACUCAGUGUGUCUGUCUCGUUUUGCUGUUGGACUCAGUUUUUUGAAAUGUCUGCUUUUAUUUUACAA